UACCUCCAAAAUAUGGAACUGGGGAAUAAUACACAAAUUUCAGAAUUUAUUCUUCUGGGAUUCUCAGAGAAACCAGGACUGCAAUCCCUCAUGUUUGGACUUUUCCUCUCCAUGUACCUGAUCACUGUGUUUGGAAACCUGCUCAUCAUCCUGGCUGUAAGCUCAGACUCCCAUCUCCACACACCCAUGUACUUCUUCCUCUCCAACCUGUCCUUUGUAGACAUCUGUUUCACCUCCACCACCAUCCCAAAGAUGCUGUGGAACAUCCAGACACAGAGCAAAGGUAUAACCUAUGAAGGCUGCAUCACCCAGAUGUAUUUUUAUAUACUCUUUGCAGUAGUCGAUGACUUCCUCCUGACAGUGAUGGCCUAUGACCGGUUUGUGGCCAUCUGCCACCCCCUGCACUACACUAUCAUCAUGAACCCCCAACUCUGUAGACUGCUGGUUCUGGUGUCCUGGAUCAUGAGUGUCCUGAAUUCCUUGUUUCAGAGUUUAAUGGUGUUGGAUCUGCCCUUCUGUGAAGACUUAGAAAUCCCCCAAUUUUUCUGUGAACUCAAUCAGGUGGUCCAACUUGCGUGUUCUGAUGCCUUUCUUAACAAAAUGAUGAUAUAUUUUACAUCCCUGCUUCUGGCUGGUGGUCCCCUCACUGGGAUCCUUUAUUCUUACUCUAAGAUAGUUUCCUCCAUACAUAGAAUUGCAUCAGCUCAGGGGAAGUAUAAAGCAUUUUCCACCUGUGCAUCUCACCUCUCAGUUAUCUCCUUAUUUUAUUGUACGUGCUUAGGAGUGUCCCUUAGCCCUUCUCUUACCCACAGCUCAAGCACAAAUGCAGUUGCCUCGGUGAUGUACACCGUGGUCACACCUAUGCUGAACCCCUUCAUCUACAGUCUGAGGAAUAAAGACAUCAAGAGGGCUCUGAAAGCAUUCUUUGGGACAGCAGCUAUAAAUGGGAUACUUGUCCUGAGUCUGAAGAUGUGCCCUUAA